UUUAACAUUAACUUGGAAAUGUACCUCAUUGCUUUGUCUGGCAUCAUUUUUUCUCUUUCUAUUUUGAUUCCAAAUCUCUUCUUGCAUUCCAUUAUAAAUUCAUCUUCUUUCUCUCGGCUAUCAAUUUGUUUUGGGAAUCCACUUGAAUGUAUUUUCAUGCUCAUAAAUUCUGCAACAUAUUCUUUGAAAAGUUCACCAUCCCAUUUAUCAUAAUGAAGUGCUCUAAAAUAUUUGCUCACUCUAUAUCCAUUGUCUAAAGCCUCAGC